AUGGUUAAAGUCGCUAUCGCGGGGGGUACCGGCGCCGUCGGUCGCGCUUUGGUGGACACUAUAGCAGCACACCCCAUCCAUAAGGCCGUAAUACUAAGCCGCCAAGUCAACUACCAUGACGUGCAAAACCUGGUGGAUGUUCUCGUCAAGCACCAAAUUCAUACCGUCAUCUGCGCAUUCGGUAUCACCGGGACCUCGCUCAAAAUCUCUCAGAUGAACCUCAUCAAGGCCGCUGCGUUGGCGGCUCCGGCAUGCAGGUUUAUUCCUACAUCCUACAGUAUUGAUUAUCCGAGAGAUGGUGUGAAGAUAUUGCCUCCCCUCAGAGAUUACUUCGACUGCCUGGAUGAGCUCGACAGGACCGAUCUGGAGUGGUCCGUGGUUCUGAACGGCCUCUUUUUGGAUUAUUAUGGCACCCCACAUCUAAAGACAUACCUCCCGCCGAAUGCCUUUAUCAUCGAUAUGUUGCACAACGCUGCAGCCAUCCCUGGCACAGGCGAUGAACCGGUUUCAUUCACUUACACCUUCGAUGUCGCCAAGUUUCUUGUUGCGGCGCUCGACCUGCACACGUGGCCCCGAGAGCUGAGGGUCGUUGGCGAUGAGAUGUCGAUCAAUGAUCUUGUUAGACGAGCCGAGGCGACAAAAGGAGUGAGGUUUGAGAAGACUUAUGAUAGUGUUGCGAAGCUCAAAAGAUUUGAGAUCACGGAGCUGCCGCAGCAUCGGUCGCUCUACACAAAGUUUCCGAAAGAGAGAUUCCAAUGGUUUCAGUCCAUCUUCGAGAUGUGGGUAGUGGAGGGAAAGGCACAUGUCCAGCUGCACGGGUCUUUAAACGAGAAUUUCCCGGACUUGAAGCCCUUAAAAGUCGAGGGAAUGCUCGAACGGUGCUGGAAAAGAAGCUAA